AUGCGGAUCUCCAAGCCAGAGAUCCUGAGAAAACCGUUGCCCCCACCUCCUCUAUCUCUAUCCCCUCUCUCUCCGCUCCUGCCCCACAGCCGAGCGCCGCCCAACCCCGCCUCCCUCGACCCCGCGCCAUUGCGCCACCUCGCCUCCGCCCGCCGGUGCGCGCCGCCACCUUACCGGACCCCAGGAGCCCCGCCGCCUCACGCUGCCGCCUGCGCCGCAUCGCGCGCCGCCCCGCCGCGGAAGCCUCGUCGCCUGUCGCCCCGACCUCGAGAUCCGCCGCCGCCAUGGGAGCCGAGCACCGAGCUCCUCUGCGCCCCACCCGCGUCCCCGCGUCGCCGCCGCCGCCCCACGCUGCCUCGCGUCCAGAUCCGGCCGCGGGAGGUCCCUCUCCCCCGAUGCACCUCCGCCUCUCCCUCUCCUCAUCUUCUCCCAAUGCGCCGCUGCCACCGCCUCCGCCUAUCCCCAUCUUCUCCCGCCCAGCCACCGCCUCUGGGCUCUGGCGGCGGCGGCAGCGGCCUCUGGUGGCGGAGCAGGUGGGGGGAGAUGGUGGCGGCGGCACCGUGCGCCUCGCGGAGGUCGUUUAGGGACUCGCUCAAGGUGCUGGAGGCGGACAUCCAGCACGCCAACACCUUGGCGUCGGAGUGCUCGCGGGACUACGAUGGGGCGUGCCUGCAGAUGCGCAUGUCCUACAGCCCCGCCGCGCGCAUCUUCCUCUUCCUCCUGCAGCGGGCCGACUGCAGCCUCGCCGGCGCCCUCGGCCUCCUCAGGAUCCCCAUCUAGUACAAGGUUUAUGUGGACGGCACCACAACCAUGCCCACCCACGAAAGGAAAGCGAACAUGAAGGAAUUCUUCUACGCCGUGACAUUUCCCUUCCUUCUGCAACUGGAACACGGGAUCAGCGGCAUCGACGACCUGAGGCAGAGGGC